GAAUUUCUGUAGAGCUGUGUCCAUGGUGAAAGCAUAGUUGCAGCUCACGAAAUAUGAUUGCUGGGAAGCUGCUGAUUUUGUCAUUGUGUGUUAUUUUGAUUCAUUUAUUCUAUACAUUGAACUUUUGUUGCAUUUUACUUUUGUUUUAAUAUGAUGUCCAUGACUCUGUGGGCCUUUGGACCAGAAAGCAGUAAAUAAACAAACCAUAGCAUAACAUGCACAAACGGAUGUUACACAAACCAUAAUUUAAGAAGGAAAUUGACAACCUUUGUUGCCUGUUCUAGGGACUUCUCAUUGAGAGAUCUGGUUGGCCACUGAGAGAACAGAGUGUUUGGCUUCCCCAACAUAAUGCCCUCCAGAUGUUUGGGACUAUAACUCCCAUCCGCAGCAGCCAGCAUGUUGGGUUGAGGGGAGCUGACACCCAAAACAUCUGGAGCCUGCUGUAGAGACUUGGACGAGAUCCACAUCGUGCCUUUUAAGUACAAUACUUAAGUACAAAGAAUCCUGGGAGCUGUGGUUCCCUCCUACAGAGCUAUCAUUCCUAGCACCCUUAACAAACUACUUUUCCCAGGAUUCUUUGGGGGAAGUCACAUGCUCUCAAUGUGUGUUGGAUGUGCUUUUAAAUGUAUGUGGUGGAUCUGCCCUUGCACAGAUUUUAGUUAAUUCACAUUCAGCUCCAGAUGUCUCUGGACAGGCAAAAUCAUGGUUCUGCAGGGGUUAAGUGGGCUGCAAGAACACGAGGAAAGCAAAGAGGCUGGUCUGGAGCAAGGAAGUGGGUCAUGUCCUGCCUGAGGAGGAGUAGAGCCAUGGGGAGUACAAGGGAGGCAGCUACCUUUCUGGUGGGGACAGUGGAAGGCAGUCGCUCUUGGGGUUUGCAGCUCGAGGGCACCCUGGCUUUGGCAAGUAUCAGAAAAGGAUGGCAAGAAUCCUGAUUAUGUUAGUGAGUCUGCUCAGCCACUCAUUGGCUUGCAGUGCUGAGCCGUCGUCUUUCAGGGACACGGGCGUUGUCUUCCGAAUGACGAAGCCAGCUGUACUAGUGCUCAAUGAGAAAACUGCUCAUAUCAUACAGACAGCCUUCCAGCAUGCAGACUACCCAGACAUCAAAGGGGAGAAGUCGAUGCGGUUUCUUGGGAAGAUUGCCUAUGGAUUGAAAAACAUCCAUAUUGGACAACUGACGAUAGAAAACACCACAGUUGACCUCAAGGAGGACGACGCCAUUGACAUCGGAAUUCAGAAUGUUUCUGCUUCCUUCCAAGGAACCCUCAGCUAUGGCUACGUGGGUGGCUGGGUGGUGAAGCUCAUCCAUUCUAUUGACUUCGAAAUUGAAUCAUCCAUUGAUCUGCAGAUAAACGUUAAAUUGUUGAUGGACGAGGGGCGUGUGAUAGUGGACACCUCGGACUGUUACCUGACUUUCCACAAGCUGACCCUGCAUCUACAAGGAGACAAAGACCCAGGAUGGCUAAAACAGCUUUUUACAAACUUCAUCUCAUUUACCUUGAAGCUCGUUCUCAAAAACCAGGUGUGUAAAGAAAUUAACUUUAUUUCUCAGCUACUGGCAGAUUAUGUGCUUGAGACGUCAGCCAACUUCCUUAAAGAUGCAGAUAUCGGAAUAGAUAUUUCUGUGACCUCAUCUCCGGCAAUCAAAGCAAAUUACAUAGAAUCGCACCACAAGGGCCUCGUCGUGUACCAGAACCAUUCAGGCAUCUUCCAUGACUCUGCAUUCACACCGUCUCUGCUGACAGAUUCCAAAAUGGUCUAUUUCUGGUUUUCAGACCAAGUCCUCAAUUCUCUGGCCUUGGCAGCUUUUCUAGAUAAGCGCCUGGAGUUAACACUCACAGGGGAAAAAUUAAAGGAAAUGUUUGAAAUUGAAGAGCUGAAAACUCAACAGGAGAUUGUGCAAAAGAUUUUUCGGGGUGCCUCCUACAAUGUCUCCCUGGCUAAGGUGUGGAGCCUUGACCCUCCUCAGAUUAUCCUCCAGCCCGAAGGAACCAUCGUGAAGUCAUCUGUGGCUGUGGAGCUCAGUGUUCCUCUGCAAGGCGAAGGUCCCCCCUCUGUAGCUUUGUAUUCUGAAAAGGAAGUCACCGUCACAAUCCAAGCUUCGUAUAUGCAAAAAAACCUAUACCUGCACCUCUCUGAGGCCAUGAUAGAGAUCAAAAAGCUUAAACGUGUUGCAGAUAUAGCUGUGAAUGAUGAGACUCUAAAGCACAUUUUGGAGAAAAUCGUCUUAGCUGCCGGGAUUCCAGAAGUGGUAUCAAGAUUUGAGAGGGGCAUAAGUUCCCUGUUGAACAGCAGAGGACUCUACCAUUUCAACAUCAUUGAUCCUGAGAUAGUAACCAAAAAGGGACACUUAAUUCUCCAGAUGGACUUUGGCUUCCCACACCAUUUGCUCGUAGAGUUUCUGAAGAUUACUUUGUAGAAGGAAGAGGAGAAAGAAAAUCAAAGGUGAUCCAGGUGUAUGAGCGAUCUGGAUGCCCAAGAGAGCUGGCAGCCCAUUUAGUUCCAUCUCCUUCCCUGCGAUCCCAGAUGGAUUUCCUGCCAGGACUGAGGCUCUGUCUGUGAGUUUUAUCCUUGUCUCCUGCAGGAUAAACACUCUUGGAAAAAGCUCUGGGAAUCCCUGGCUUUCAGUGUGACAAGAAGCCGAGUCUCCACAGCCGGAGCACAGUGCUUCAAAAAGGGAUCGACAUCCUCCCUACAAACAGUGUUGAGCCCAUCUAUAUUGGAUGUGUGAUGGCUUUGAUCAGCUUUCUCCAACCAGGACAACAGCUCCCAUAGGGGGAAAGCAUGAGCCUGGCUUGCUGGCUUCCAUUUUCAUGGUGCCCCCAAACCCCUUUUGGGAGUCAGUUUAUGUGCAUUGCUUAACUGCCACAAUGACAGCAAGCUUUAGGAAAUCGAGAAUCGUGUCACUAUGCACCUGAGUGUCUUGCCCUCUCAGACCACUCUGGGUCAGAGAAAGGACACCUUUCCACCAAAUUCUGAAAAACUUUCUUUCUUUUUUCGUUUGAAUGCCAUGUGCUUCUUUUGCUUCCUAAAAAUAAACCUGGUUUUCUGUUUUACUGCA